UUUAAAAGCGUCGGACCGCGACGCGCGGCCUCUUCCUGUCCGGACCAGGGCAGCGCGUGGUUCCGAGCGAACGAGCGGUCUAUCCGCCGGCUGCAGCACCAGGAUGACCGAGUGGGAGACAGCUGCACCUGCGGUGGCAGAAACCCCGGAUAUCAAGCUCUUCGGGAAGUGGAGCACUGACGACGUGCAGAUAAAUGAUAUUUCCUUGCAGGAUUACAUUGCAGUAAAGGAGAAGUACGCCAAGUAUCUGCCACACAGUGCAGGCCGCUAUGCUGCCAAGCGCUUCCGCAAAGCCCAGUGCCCCAUCGUGGAGCGCCUCACCAACUCCAUGAUGAUGCACGGCCGCAACAAUGGCAAGAAGCUCAUGACCGUGCGUAUCGUCAAGCACGCCUUCGAGAUCAUUCACCUGCUGACUGGGGAGAACCCUCUGCAGGUCUUGGUGAACGCCAUCAUCAAUAGUGGCCCCCGAGAGGACUCCACGCGCAUCGGGCGAGCUGGAACUGUGAGGCGGCAGGCUGUGGAUGUGUCCCCGCUGCGCCGUGUUAAUCAGGCCAUCUGGCUGCUGUGCACAGGUGCUCGAGAAGCUGCCUUCCGAAACAUCAAAACCAUUGCUGAGUGCCUGGCGGACGAGCUCAUCAAUGCGGCUAAGGGUUCCUCCAACUCCUAUGCCAUCAAGAAGAAGGACGAGCUGGAGCGUGUGGCCAAGUCAAACCGCUGAUUUCCCAGGCACUGCCCAAUAAAACUGUCUUUGGGGGUGACCCCCA